AUGGCAGCAGCCUUUCGCGCAAAGAAACUCGACCUAGGCGGCUUCAUCAACGUCAAAAUCAUCCGCGACCACACGAAGCGGAAGGUCUAUGAGCAAUUUGAACCUCAGCGACAAGCCCUCCGCUACAUCAUCCGAAACACCUCCUUACCCCAGCGGAUACGGACACAAGCACAGCUCCAACUGGCCCAGAUGCACUGCUACACGCGACCGACGCAGAUCAAGAACAGAUGUACAAUGGGAGGUGUGGCCAAGGGUGUUUUCAGGGCGUUUAGGAUGGGUCGGUAUCAAUUCCGAGUCAACGCUCUCGAAGGAAAUCUACCUGGUGUCAAAAAGGCAAGCUGGUAG